AUGGGUUGUGGCAUCUCAAGGUUAGACCCUAAAGAGGUAGUCGAAGCAACAACAAAUUGCUCUCACAAUCCUCCUCAUCCCAAUAACAAAUUCUCUUAUUCCACUUCCAAUUGCUUCACCGGUGAAUCCAAGCCUUGGGUUCAUCAACACGGACCUCCGUCCGUCCCUGAUCGCUCUUCUCCCGAUUGGGAAGCACCAGAAGAGAAGAUAAUGAAGAUGAAGAUGGAUGUCAAACGAGGAGAAUCAAAAGAGAUGAUCAAUGAUUCAAAGAUGGCGAAGGGAACUCGAACACAAUUUGAAGACGAUUGUAGCGAUGGAGACGACGGCGAUGGAAAUGAUGGAAAUGGUCGAGAGAUUUGUCGAGGAGGAUCACCGAGUUUCAGGGAAUAUUGUAUUGACUCCGAGUCGAGAUCAAGAAGCAUGGCAAGCGAAGAUGAUUUUGAAGGAGAUCAUUGCAAGUGGCCACCGGAUGAACGAAUGCUAAAUUCAGAAAAAGAGAAGGGAGGAGAGAAUGAAAUGGGAAAGAAAGAACGGAAAGGAAAAGGCAUAAGAAAGGCAUUACAGCGCGGGAAAUCAGGUGGGGUCAAGAAUUUUUUGAGUGCUUCACGGCGUCAACAACAGCAACAACAACAAAACACCAAUUUUCCUUCUUCCAAUAAUGACACUAAUUCCCAUAAACUUCAUGCUAAAGCCUCUUGAUUUCCUUUCAAUUUCUCGCACCCAUCAAAUCUUCUCUUUAUUUCAUUUAUUUUUUCAAUUCUUCCAAAUCCAUACAUUUCUGUAAAACAAUUCCAUCUUCAUCAUAUUUAUUUUUUAU